AUGCAUGGAUAAUAUAGAUUCUAAUCUAAAUAAUGUAAUGAGUUUUAAAAAGGUUACUUAAAUAAUCGAAGAAAAUUAAGAUAUGAAGCUAAAUCAGUGGAAUAACUUAUUAUGAUGAAUAUUAGCUAGAUCAAUGAACCUCAGAAAUCAUUAAAUUUAUUAAAAUCAUAGAUUAUUUAAUAAAUAGAUUAUCUAAUUGGUAAUACAAGUUAAUGGAUCAAAUCUAUAUAAGAAAUUGGAUAAAAAAAUGCCAAUUACAGUUUUUUUGAACAAUUGGAUAAUUUCAUUAAUCAAAUUUAAGUUUUAGACGUUGAUUAUAGAAAUUUAGUUAAUGAAAUAAACUCAAGUAAUCACUCUUGGAAUCAAAAAAUAAUUAAAAAGUUGAAAGACUUUCAAUCAUUUGAAUUGACAAAAAGGUGCGAAGAAUUAUUAAAAAAUUUAGACGCAGAACCCUUCACUUAUGAUUUAAUCUAAAAUCAUUCAAUUCAAUAAAAUGAAUCUUGUUGGGUAAUUGCCAUAAUUAAAGAUAAUUCAAUUGUAUUAGCUGGAUGUGAAAGUAAGAUCAAAGUAUUUGAAUUUAAACAAGAAUAGCUGAAAUUAAUUCAACUUCUAAUUGAACAUGUAGAUUAUGUUACAACUUUAAAUUUUAUGAAGAAAUCCGCUUAAUUUAAAUCUGGAAGUCAUGAUAAAUAGAUAAUUAUAUGGUGUUGGGACUAACAGAGUUAAUGGGUCUGCUAAUAUAUAUUGAAUGAACAUUAAGCUUAGAUUAAUUGUUUAUUAUUGAGUAAGAAUGAAGAUCUUAUCAUAUCAGGGAGUAGUGAUGAGUCAAUUAAAUUUUGGACAAAAAAGAAUGAAUGGACAUAUUCAUAAACUAUUACGGAUUCUACAAAUGAUGUUGUAAGUUUAAGUUUGAAUGAAAAAUAAAAUAGAGUGAUAUCUUGUGUAUAUGAAACGCUUUUUAUAUUAAUAAUUGAGUAGUAAUAAUAGGAUUAAAAAUGGAAUGUAAUUUAAAGAUUACAGUUGAUGGGUAUGGUUAUCGAAUAUGUUUCAUUAGUGAUAAUUUAUUUACAUUUCAACCUAGACUUAUAGAGUAAAUGUAUAUAUAUGAGAUGAAUAGUAAGAAUAAGUAGUGUUCAAAGACAGAGCAGAUUGUUAUGAAAGCAGAUUCUAAUAGAUGUGA